CAAAGGUAAACACUUUUGUUAUGCUCCGUUUUUGCACAAGGCUCUAUGUAUAAAAAUAGUGGCACAAAUAUUUCCAAGAUACUUCAACUACGAAGGAAUCGUCAUUACAGCACUACUUUUUAAAGAAUAAUUUAAAAAAUCAAAGUUUUCUAGUCAUACUUUCGACAUGGUCUGCGAAAAGUGUGAAGAGAAGCUUGGAAAGGUCAUUACACCAGAUCCAUGGAAAGCUGGUGCCAGGAACACGGUAGAAAGCGGAGGUCGUAAGGUAGGAGAAAACAAAGCGUUAACUGGAGGUAAAAACAGAUUCAAUCCCUAUACAUCCAAAUUUGGAAUAUGCAGAAUAUGUCGCUCGAAAGUUCAUCAACCUGGGGCUCACUACUGUCAGCCGUGUGCUUACAAAAAGGCUAUCUGUGCUUUAUGCGGUAAAAAACUUAUGAGCACCAAGAAUUACAGACAAUCAGCUACGUAAACACUUUGUUUUGGUAAAAUGUGGCUUUUCCGCUUUAUGAUUGGAACUGUUGUUACAAUUGUCUUAUAAAAAUCUAUUCAUUAUUAUUGAGUUAAGCCUCAAGUCGCUGCAAUACGAUAUAAUGAGAGAUUUGAUGAAUUUUAAAGUACAUGUGUAAGAAUACAUGGAUGACUUUAUCAUAAAAAUGUAGAUAUAUUUUUUUAGGUGAAAUAGUUUUAAAAUAAAUCUUUAUC